CGUUUCAUCCAGACCAACCGGACUGAACUAACUUAGCCCAGACUGAAAUUACGCCAUGUAAUCAGCCCCUACUAAGUAAAAGACAGGCUCAAACCCGUCCAAAGAUCCCAUAGUCAAAACUAUAUUUGCACCAACACUUCGCGGCUAAUUGAUGUAUAAUUUAUGUUUUGCUUCAGCCUUUUAAUUCUAUUCUUUUAUCUUUAUGAUAAAAAACUGAUAUACAGUGUAAGUCUGAAAGCCUGUGAAACAUAGAUGACGUAUGUGAGUCAAUGUUUCAAGAUUCUAAUCAACCAAAAAUUAUACAUCAAUUUUAAAACAAUAAUGGAUAUCCUGAACCCUAGACAAAACAUGAAGUUGGUAAUCAAACGUGGAGUCUGCUACGGGACUAACGGGAGUGGGUGACAUCGUAUAAACUGUCGCGAAAAACUUGCUGUUUUAAUAUGUUUUCACCGCAUGAAUUUAAACAGUUCGAUGAUUGAUUAGCAAUACAUCAACCGCGACACUGAAAUAAUUAGUUCUCGCGCGAACGCAAGGGGAGGCAUUGCGUAUAGGUUUUGAACACGACAAGACGCUUUUUCCUCACUUUGUACAACAACAUGAUAACUCAUUAUAAAGUAAUUACUUUCUAGUUCGCAUGUUAGUGCAGAAAAAUAUUUCGUUCUAAUUACGCUAAUUGCUUCUUCCUAAAGAUUUCCCUUCGAAUGCGAGUAUUAAAUUAAGCAAAGAGGAAGGGCAGUGCCUGUGCAGCAUUCUUAUGGAUAAUUACUUGCUUCACAUGUUCCAGAAAUGGCGAUUAUAGAACAUGUUUAGUAACACACGAGGUAUUCCCAAAUGAUACAGAAUAUAUUGUCGCUUUUACUGAUAAGUAUAAUGAGUAAUAAAAUUGAACCGCGAUAUUCUAUUGUAUGGGUAGAUAUGGAUAAUGCCUGUAUGAGAUAAUACUAAAUCAUUUUUAUGACCGCUAUUCAACGCAUAAUCCUUUGAAAUUCGGAUGAAUAAUAGCAAUUACGAGGACGUACGUAUUAAAUGAAUUUGGCAAAACUUUAUAAAUGGAUGUCUAAAAGUGUUUCUCCGUUGCCAUAAAUUUAUUCAAUGUCACUUUAAACAAAGCUUGUCUUGUUUUUGCUUUGCUGUUGGGGACAAAUAACUCUGCUCAUUAGAUGUGCAAACGCACCUGUUUAUAAAAUAUGAAUUAGCGGCACAACCGCAAAUCGCGUUAUCAUUAUUGCUAACCAGCUGUGCCGUAUGACAAACCAAACUCGCUAUCGAGAACCAACAGUGAAAAUCACAAUCUAUGUCCAUUCUUUCGCUAACAAUAUACAGUAAGGAGUUGGGUGACAUGGGGUAUAACCAUGCACUGUUAAGACUACAUCGAUCUAUAACGAAAAUCCCAAUCUGACAUCGCCAAGCUGUUCAUUGUCUAUCGCGUGAAUAUUUAAUGUGCUUUGAGGGUGUGGUCGUGAACCAUGGGACAAACGGCGUUAUUAAAUUGUGCGAGAUUUCCACUAUGCAUUAGUCUCUUUAACAAAUAUUGACUAAUCGUGCUAUUAAUUAUAAAUAAAUCUGUUUACACAGCUCGUUCAUGUUAAUAGCUGAUACCCGUUUUAAGGGGACCGUUUUUGACAAUAUUAUAUGAAAACAUUCCUUUCGAUAUGUCUUACCACUCGUAGUGGCCAAAAAUAUUUUUUCCCGAGUGUUGAGAGAAUUCUGAAAAUUGAAAUAAAUUGAAGAUCUCAUUGGAAAACAGUGGAACUGGAGACAAGUUGAAUGGAGAAAGAAAGUUGAGGGUAUCCAAUAAGCUGUCAGGGCAAGUGAAGUGCAUUCCGUAAACGUCAAAUCGACAAAGGAAGCCGCAAUUUGAUUGGCUCUGCAGACGGCGUGACGGCCAAGGCCAGGUUUCAUGGCGCCCAAAACUACUCGAGCAGCGUUCAUUUUUUCCUGACAAGUUUUGUAAGUUCAGUCACUCAGAAGACAUCACGUUGAGAGGUUCUGACUGAAGUUCUUCACUGCUGUCCUACUAACCGUUUCUCUCUAAACUAACGAAGCCACUUGACUAUAUCGCAUCUCGUUCUUGGCCUAGCAAACGUUGUGGUCACACGAUCAACAAGCAACGGGUUGUCUCGAGGUGUUUCUCAGGGUGGUACACUUCACAGUUGUAUAUAAAGACUGCUGUCAUACAGAUUUCAAUUCUAGUUCAUGGCCAACACGAGCGAAGUAAGAACAACAACAAGUGAUACUCAAAGCAGUAAUAGCCAUUACAAAAUGCAACAGACGCUGCCUGGAAGUUGUUCAAGUAUAGUUCCGACCCCGUCAUCCAACUUAAAUCUCAUCGAACCCUCUCAACUGCUUCCACCGGAUGAGGUCGAUGUGUUUUUUCAUCACCUAGAUAGUUCAGGCAAUGCUAGUAACUCAUGGCCAUAUCCUCCAGGCGCUAGAGCGCAUCCUUACCGGCCAACAAUGUGUCAAAUGACUGCCCAUGGUCCAACUGCUUUCCCAGAUCCACAAUCGCAAGUUCCAACUCAGCCUGGUAGUUGUAGUAGAGUAUUCCUACCAACCGCUCGUGUUCCUUCAAACCAAGUAUGCCGUCCACAUCAUUUUCACACCCCUAUACAGUGGAUUGAAAGUAAAUCGUCGAACUAUGGUUGUUCUGUAGCAACACCGCCUUCCGUCUGGUGUCCGCCAUUUCCACAAACGCAUCGAAGUUCUGUCGCAGUUUCCUCGCCGGCACAAGUUAGCCAAGGUAGCUCAUCAUUGGGACAUCCUAUAUUUGCAUUCCCACCAACGCCACCGAAAGAUUUAAUUCAAGACAGUUCUGUCAAAUCAAUCCUCGAACCUUACGGCUACGCUGAUGAGAAAUCCUUAAUAAAAGCUGGCAUGCAAUUUUCAGGAUCACGACCAGACUCCGCUUACGCACCACAAGUGGAGGGUCGGGAAUGCAUCAAUUGUGGAGCUACUUCAACUCCGUUGUGGCGUCGAGAUGGAAGCGGCCAUUACCUCUGCAAUGCUUGUGGCCUAUAUCACAAAAUGAAUGGCUCAAACAGACCGCUUAUUAAACCAAAACGAAGACUUUCGGCCGCACGCCGUGCGGGAACAAGUUGCGCAAAUUGUGGCACGACACAGACAACAUUAUGGCGACGAAACGCCAACGGUGAACCAGUGUGCAACGCUUGUGGAUUAUAUUGGAAACUGCAUGCGGUCAACAGACCGUUAUCGAUGAAGAAAGAUGGAAUACAAACAAGAAAUAGAAAGGUUUCAUCCAAAACGAAAAAGAGCAAGAAACACAGUGAUAUAAAACAGGAGGAUGGAAAACAAGAUGGGGGAAUAACUAUUAGUUCAAAUCACUACAUCAGCAGUCAAGAUUCCAUGUUCACAUUUCCUGGUUCUUCUGUAAUAAGCAGUCAAAUGAUCCAUCCAUCCAUGAAAUCCAUUCAUCCCCUACAUCCGGGUCUCUUUGCGCCUAUCGUACCUCAACACUCAUCACUUAGUAGCAUUGGGUAGAGCCUUCACCUCUUCACCAUUACAAUUGCUUUCGGGAAAGACAGACAUACAGAAACAGUCGAGUGGAGCAUGUUUAGGUUGCCGGAAUUAAGGUGGACGAUUACUCGACCUUCUUUUCGAAAACCCAGGACAAUAAGGCGAUAGAAAAGAAACGUUCAAGGUAGAAUUACGCCAAGUAGGGAAAUAUGUCCACGUCCUAGAUAUCAUAUUUAUUGAAAAUAGUCAAUAACUUUAUAAGAAAUGUUAACUAUAAUUGGAAUUUGUGUCAUAUUCUUCAAUCUUCAUUCAGUAAAAAUCGUUCCAAUAUGAAAUAGGUUUCAUAGCAAAGAUGAACACUACACCCGUAACAAUUUAAUUCCAAUGGGUGGAAAUUAUCGAGAAAAAACAUGAAGAGCAUUUUCAAGAAAAGAUGAUAAUAAAAAAGUAAACAGCAAGCAACAAUAUAAAGUACUGAUGCCUGUAGUGCUGAGAUUUUAUGGGUUUUUGUCGGUUGAAAAAAGUUGCCGCUGAAAUGGGAGGUGAUCAAGUAUAUGCAGUCCCUCAUCGAUAGACACAAAAUAUACCCAUGCAGAAACUCAAAGAGAGCUUGUGUGAAUGAAUAUUAAAGAAUUAUGUAGAAAAUUUAUGAGACAGUAUAUGAUGAGGAUGUAUAUUUAAUCUUAAUGUAUAGAGAAUAGUAUACUAAAGAUGUAUUAUAUUACUUUGUUCGAAUAUUAUAAAUAUGCACAUAUCAAUAUAUAAAGAAACAUAAAUAACUUUUGGCUGACAUUACAUUUACAUUGCGUGUUCUGAUGCCCUUGUCUUGAGUGGAAUG